AUGUCAAAGUUGACAAAAACWUACCCUYWUGCCUUAGAUGAARUUCCCGARCCAGUUGGAUUGUUUCCUUUGAAUUCACUCCACAAGACGGAAGAUAUCAGUAAUAGUUAUCUAACAGCUGGAGUUGCUGUUAAUGUUGCCCUUGCACCGGGACCGUACGGUAAGCCAGGAGGAUCCUACUAUUUUCCAGGAACUGCUUCAAGCUAUAUUGAUAUUCCAAAACAGUCAAAGCUCGAUACAAGGUACUCCAUAUCCAUUUUCGCCUGGAUCUACAACGAAGGUCCUCCUGGGCCAAUCAUCAACUACUGCACUCAGACAAAUCAAUUUGCUUUCCACGUGUAUAUUCAUGAUCGUCAUGGCGGUCCAAACGAUUUGUUUGUUAGAGUUAUGAGGAGGUCUACCUUAGCAGAGAAUGACUAUAUGAAUUAUAAUUUAAAGACAACAAAGAAAUGGAGGCACAUCGGUUUCACCUAUGAUAUCRACACUGGCAAUCAACGACUGUAUGUUGAUGGAAUUAAAGUUCGUGAAAGCUUCAUAGCUAAACAGGAGAUUGCCACAGAUUACAAGGUUAGGAUUGGAGGAGCCAAAGUAGGUGAUUCUAGGUACUUCAAAGGACGUAUUUCAUGUGUUCAAUUCUACGAUAAAGCAUUGACACCAAAGCAAGUAUUGGCCAUCAUGAAUAGAUGUCAGGAAAGAGAUGAUGCAGAAAAAUUAUACCAAGCAGCAAUUUUUCAGUCAACCGAUGGCCAAUGCUUAUUGAAUCACGUGAUGCAUUCUGAAAACAACAUGGCGGACGUCUUUAUCUGUAUUCAGCACUGCCUUAAAUUUGGAGAAAAAUGCAAAUCUAUAAAUUUCAUGGACAACAAUGGCACUUGUCACCUCAACAACGCGACCGAGUCAGAUUACCCGAAGCAUAAGAUCAUGGAGGCUUAUUGCACAUACUUUCAAAGAAUAGCAGUCGCAUCCUCAAGAAUCAAAGUUUCUGAUUAACAUUUCGACAACACUUGAUUGAACAUCGGUUAAUUUAGAAAAAAAGGUUAAAAAUUCCAUCGAAAGGGUGAGCCUUAGUGGCAAAGAUAAAAUCAAAGUUUCAAUAAAUUAAAUUGGUAUUAUAUCAGUGGUUAUUGGCAGAUUCUGCUAUUUCAAGUGCUGGUUAGCUCAAUAAUUCGACACGAGAUAUCUGCGCAUACAGUUGUUUUUUUCAGUCUGUUCGUAGUUUGUUUAAAAAUAGAGUAAUUUAAUUGUGAUGUGAUGGUCUAGUUUCCACUAACAAUUUUAAUAGGCCAAAAUGCUUAUUAUUACUAAUACGCCCGCCAUCUUGAUCUACGAGGAGCUUGAUAUCAAGAUUGCGCAUUUAAGCACUCAUCAAUGAAGAAUGGUACCAAAAUUUUAUUUGCACUGAGGAUGUAUCCCUUGAAACAUUUUAAUUUCCACUUUCAAAACGCUAAUAAUUGUUAAAGAGGAAAAUUCCAAUACAUUUUGUGCAUUUUAAUAUAACGUUAUCCCUAUAGAUCUUCUAAUUACUUCACAAAUUUUAAUCUUAAGGACAGUUAUGAUAUUUAUAGACCUCAUCAUUGUUAAGCUUUAGAGAGAGUUAGUUGAAUAAAGGUCAAUUUGGAAUCAAGACCCCGAGAAAUUAUUUGUUAAAAUAAGAUUGAUUGAUAGCUAUAUUAGUAGGCUAUGUUUAUGCCUGUUAUAUUUCAAUGAUAAAAGAAUCUAGAGGAGAUCACCUAUGGUGUCCUCCUCCUUAAUUGUAAAUAACUAUAUGUUGUAUGUAAAAAUUAAAAAAAAAGAUAGAUUGAUAGUUUAUUAAAAUCCAUUGCAGCCAAACGGCUGGA